AUGUGGCCUUUGAAGUCGAGAGAUCUCGAUUUGAAGUAUCGAGAAAUAAACAACAAUGACGGAGAGGAUACAUCACUUCCAGUGCCUGAAGAUAAUAGAAAUUGGAAUCUUCUCCUAUAUAUUGUGAUUUCAAUCCUUGCAACUGGGUGGACUACGACCACAGUUCUCUAUUGGAAAUCAUCUACUACUGCCCCGACAUUCAAUGGCAAGUUCCAGCUCGGCACGUUCACCCCUAUCCCAGAGGACGUAUUUAGGCCAGUGAGAAAGGUAUUUCAACCGGAUGAAAGAUAUAUCGGAAAUUCGAGAGAGGUAGAUCACCACUGGGAUGACUUGGUAGCUGGUCAUGACGCUGUCUGGAUUGAGGACCCAGAAAGGUGGGGUUUGCCUGAGGGUAUCGUCGCGCCAUUCGAUCAUCCCCACGAGACCGAUCCCCCGCAACAUGAUUUCUACGUGAUCUCGAUCCUCCACCAGCUUCACUGCCUAAACAUGGUUCGCUUUCAGUUCUGGCAGGCACGGGACGGUGUCGACCUCGAUACCGAACAUGAUGCGGUCAAAUGGAAUUUACAUGUCCUGCAUUGCUUCGAAUAUCUCCGGCAAGCGAUUUCAUGUGGAGGAGAUCUCAUAAUAGAAGGGUCAAGCCCGAUCAAAGUUGGCAAUGGACAUGCUACUUCCGUUACUGGUUGGGGCGUCGAGCACGACUGUAUUGAUUUCGAACUACUACGUCAGUUUCAGAUUGAACAGGAAAGAAAAUACAACCUGACCUGGCAGCAUGGUUUCUUUGAAUGA